AUGGAGAAUGAGGAGGAAGAUGAGAAGGAAAUAGAGAAGAUGAAGAAUGAAGAGAAGGAUGAGAAGAAAGAAAUGGAGAAUGAGGAGAAGGAUGAGAAGGAAAUAGAGAAGGAGAUGAAGAAUGAGGAAGAGGCUGAGAAGGAUAUAGAUAAUGAGAAGAAUGAGGAGGAGGAUAAGAAGGAUGAGGAUAAGAAGGUAGAGGAGGAGGAUGAGAAGAAUGAGGAGGAGGAUGAGAAGAAGGAAAUGGAGAAGGAGAUGGAGGAUGAGAAGAAAGAGGAAGGGACUGCUGUUUUCUCCAGCUGGGGAGAAAAUCCUCACUGCUGUGAUGGAAACAAGGAAAAUUUCGGGGGGUCUUCACGCUACUCUUCUACAACUCAUAGCAAGCUCAGGGACAUGCUGCUCGAUUGGAACAAGGUGCUGCUGUGUGUUCUUCUGCUGACUGCAGUCAUAGUGCUGUGUGUCACACUCACUCAAGAGAGACAACAGUUCAUAACCAAGAAUGAAAACCUGACCAAUGAGAGAGAGCAGCUAACACUCAAGAUCACAAACCUGACCAAUGAGAGAGAGCAGCUAAUACUCAAGAACACAAACCUGACCAAUGAGAGAGAGCAGCUAAUACUCAAGAACACAAACCUGACCAAUGAACUUCGGAUCUGUGUUGGAUGGACUUGCUAUCAAUCCAGUUUUUACUACAUGUCCAAAGAGAAGAAGAACUGGACUGAGAGCAGAAGAUACUGUACAGAGAGAGGAGCAGAUCUGAUCAUCAUAAACAACAGAGAGGAAAAAGAUUUCAUUCACAACAUGUCUGGUAAUGCUGUAUUUUAUAUUGGCCUGACUGACAGUGAAGUGGAGGGCAGAUGGAAAUGGGCUGAUGGCAGCACACUGACCCCUGGUGUCAGCUUCUGGGCAUCAGGAGAUCCAAAUGGAGGACAAGUCGGUGUAGAAGAGGACUGUGUUGUGACUGUAGCUGUGCCUCCACCAGAGUGGGGUGAUAGAGUAGGCUGGCUUGAUGUUGCAUGUGAUAAAACUUAUCAAUGGAUCUGUGAGAAGAGGAUUUCACAGUUCAUUCUGCCAUAGGAACAUCACACACCUUUCUGACACAAGUUCAACAAUCAAAACUUUUGGAAUAAUUGAUUAUCAUUUAAAAGUGUUUCUCAACCUUGUUUCUAGAAGUCGCCCACAACUGCACAUUUUGACUCCCAUUUCAUGUCCAAAAUACAUAAUGUGCAAAAUGUGACACCAGAAGUGUUUUUAAUUCAACCACAAAUGCUUUGUAAGUGAACGUCAGAGUUUUCCAAUUUAUACAUGAGAUUUGCAGACUUAAUUUAUUAUUUGUACAUUAUCCAGUUAUAGAUCACCAGUCACUUUGAAACACUCCAGUACUUACAACAAGUUUGAAUAAAACAAAGGUGUUAAACAGGA